AUGAACGACGGUGAUUGGAUAUGUAGUGAUCCGAAUUGCGGCAAUAUAAAUUUUGCACGCAGAAAUUCUUGUUAUCGAUGUAAUAAAGAAAGGCCAGAUCCUAUAAAAUCAUUAAAAAAGAAACUUGGUACCGAAAUCGGUAAAACGGCAGCUGAAAAGAGUCGUGGCUUAUUCAAUGCUGAUGAUUGGCAGUGCAACAAAUGUGCUAACGUUAACUGGGCCCGGCGUCAAACAUGUAACGUUUGCAAUGCACCAAAAUAUGGUGAAGUGGAAGCUCGCACUGGUUACGGCGGUGGUUACAACGAGCGCGGUGUAGUGGAGUAUCGUAGACGAGAACCUUCAUCCGAUGAUGAAUACGAUGAGUUCGGCCGAAAGAAACGCAAACGCAAAUCUGAGUCGGAAGAAAAGGUUGGCAUCACUGAAGGAGCAGUAUUCAAAAAGUUGCCACCAUCUGUGCUGCAGAAGGAAUCAAAUGUGGAACAUGUUACGCUUGUUACUGAAACUAUUAUGCCGAGUCCUAAAACCAAAUCACAAGAAACAAUUAAUGGCAGUCUUAGUGAUGGCUCAGUGUGUGACAUUGCUCCUCUAACAAAAGCAGCAGUUGAUAAGUACCAAAAAAUCAGUCCACAUCAACAAUUUAUAGCACCACCUACUUUAAAAUCAAAUAGUGUUCAAUCAAGAAAACGGUUUGUGAGUACUGGUGAUAAAGAUCUAACUGCUUCAUCUGGCUAUGAAACUUGCUCAAAAAAGAGUAAACGGGAUAGAACAAUAUCUCCAGUAAUUAAAACAUAUAAUCCUGUUAUGGAGAACAUGGUUUCCUCCACAAACAAUGACAUAGUUUAUAAGUUCACAGGACCAACACCAGCUGAAGAUUUUGAAGUUACAUAUACUGUUGAAGAAAGAGUUAAAGCUGCUGCAUAUGCUAUUGUCUAUAAAAACUGUAAAAUCAGUACAGAAAAGUUUGAAGCAUUUUAUGACAAACCAGCUCCAGACUUCAAAACUAUAUUUAGAUGGAGACAAAGGCUUUUAUCUACUGGAUGUUUAGUUGAUUCACAUGUUGACACCAAGAAUGGGCCAAUAGAUAAUCCUCCUCACACAAACAUGGUUCCAAGAACUGAAGAUGCUAGCCAUAAAUCUAUUUGUAAAGUAAAAAAUCCGGAAGAAAUAGUAAUAGAUUCUGAAAGUGAUGAAGAAAUUAAUAACACCCAACAUGACCUUUUAGCAAGAAGUUAUAGUGCAGAAACACUUUUGAUUCCUCCAGAACUUGAUGUACCUGGUAGUUGUGCAAGUACUAUUGAAGACAGGGGGUCUCACGGAGGCAGUCAUUCUCAAUCAACACAUAGGAGGGCUUGUUCCAGUUCAAGAGACAGUCAAGAUUCCAAUUAUCCUGAUACAGAUUCAGAAAGAUUGGGAACUAAGUCUGUAAAUUCUAGGGCUGGCUCAUGUUCAAAGUCUGCCAAUCUGUCUGCUAGACAGUCAAUAAAUACAACUGAUUCUGAUUCAAUCUCUUUUGACAGCGAGGAUGAUAACUUUUUAUCAAGAGUUUUUCCAAAUAGAGAUGGUAGGAAGAGGAGAAAAAUUAAAAAACGACCUGUUCUUGCCCCUGGCCCAGCUCCUGCUGCUAUGGCCAGAGGCAGUAAUUAUGUUCCUAAUGAGAUUCAAGCCUUUGAAGGGUAUAGCACGGUCAAGCCUAAUGAGAAAUCACCUUUAGUGACUGGGAACAUUUAUACAUCAAAUUUGCGCAAUAUGAAUGUAAAGACUCGAGCUAGUAUACCUAUUGACAUUGAUAACUGCUCAAGUGAGUAUGUACCUACAAGAUUAGGUUUAAAUACCAAACAAAAUUAUGAACAAUUCAAAGACAAUGUAAGAAAAAAAGGAUACUGGGCCAAGGGAAAUGGAACGGCCAUUGUAAAAAAUAAAAAUAGUGUUUCAAUGGAUGUAACACUUACAUCAAAACCAAUAAAAGUAACACCACAAGAAGAAAUUACUAUUACCAACUAUUGUUCAAAAGUUGAAUGUUAUGAAGCGCCAAAGGCUAAACUUCCCAAAAAUGAGAUGGAUGAUUUUACAAAGGAUGAUUUUGAUAAUUUCGUAGAUUCAGAACAAUAUUUACCAUUUGAAGAUCAAAAAAUGAAAUCUGAAUGUACAGAUCGAAUAUUUGCUUUGGUACAGUCUAAUAAUUCUACUAAACAGAAAAGUAUUAUGGACAUAUUUAAUAUUAAUGGUUCAGAGCAAGGAAGCCCAGAUGCAGAUGAGGAACUAGAAAAGUUUGAUAGUAUGCGCAAAGUGUUAGAAACACAGUGGGAUCAAGACGAUGAUGAUCUUUAUAAAGAAUCCCCUUCCAAUGAUCCACAGGCUUCUGUGUGUCAGUCCCCAUCUCCUAGUGUAGGAUCGUUUAGAGCUCUCAGCCCUAUGUCUAAUAUGUUAUAUGCUACUAAUAAACAAUCUAACUCAGAGGUCACACCCAAGAAGCCUACUGCAGAUUCGCUCAAAGUAAAACAAGACAUGCUAUUAGGUUUGUUAAAAGAUUUUCAACACAAUGAAAUUGGUGAAGUCCUAUCACCAUUAAAGGGAGUAACCCCACAAAAGCAAAUAAGUUCACAAAAGGCAGAAGAAGAGCUUGAGGAAAUAAUAUCUAACAAGAAACAUAGAGUUAAUACAAGUUCGAUUAUGAGUCUACAUUCUAGGCCUGAACCUAUUCCGUCUGACUUGUCCGAAAAAGUAUUACAUCUGCCAAUGAAUAGUUCUAACAUGGAUGAAUCCCAAAACAACAAAAAACCAAUUAGUCCAGCAAAGAAAGUACAUAUUCUGGAAUCUGUUACUAUUCGACCAGGUUCAACUUAUAAUUUUAUGGCGUCAAACUAUCAAAAUACAAAUCAAUGUGAAAUUACUAACCCAGUUACAAAUGAUGCACCAAAGAUAGUGUGUGCUGUUCCAGAUGUAGAAUCAAAUAAGACACCUGAACAACAACAUGAAAUAGAAAACCCUGCUGUUCAACCUCCCUCACAAUUAGAUGUGUCUAAUUUACUUGCCGGUAUAAAUACAAACACCCUCUUAUUGGCUUUGCAAAACCUUCAACAAUUAUCACAAAACUCAUCAACUAAUUAUGCAAAUAACAAUAAACAAGAUCUUGUUGAAGAAAUCAGUACAAACGAAAAUAAUCAAGCCAUUGAAACUAUUAAUUUAACAAAUGAUGAGGAGUGGGAGAAAGAAUCAAACAGAGAUGGCAGUAUUGAGAGACAGCUGGAAAGGUUAGAUGGAAACACUGGAGAUACUGCUUUUUUAGGGGAUAUUUUUGAUCCUAAACCUGUUCAUUUACCACUUAAUGUGGCGAGAAAAUUAAACUUGGGUGUUGAAGAAUUUGAUGACAAUUUAAAUAGUUCGCAAAUCAAGGAGGAUUCUUCUGUUAUAGGAAACUUCAAAAGUUUCGCUUUGCCAAAACCUAUACUACUAAAUAGAUUAAAAGUGACAGUGAAAACAGUAGAUAAGAGCACAAAAAAAUCUGUUGAUGGGAAGAGAGUGAAGAAGAAGAAAAAGACUAAACCUGGCUCUGCCCGCGAGGGAGACGCGGGAGAGGAAGAAGAUGACGAAGAAGAAUCGGGUGAUGAAGCAGACUUAUCCAAAUAUGACUUGUGGGGCAGUGAUGCAGAACAGGGCAAUUCUUCCAGAAGUGACAACAUUGAAAAAGAAAAAUUAAAGGAAGGGGAUAAGAUAAAGGAAGGCGAUUCAAAGAGUCCAGCAGAUAAAAAUGCUAAGAAAGAUAAAAGCCUUUCACCUGUUUCCAGGAGCAGUAAGAGAAGGUCUAGGAGUUCCUCGUCAUCAUCAAGUUCAUCAUCGAGUUCCAGUUCUAGUCAUAGUUCCUCUCAGGCACCUAAAAAUAAAUUCGACGAUUUUAACCUCAAUAGCGAACGAGAAACGUCGCCCAAAGGACGGAAGUCACGGUCUAGGUCACGAUCGCCCCGCGCUCGCUCCUCUAGUCGACGUAAAUCGCGGGAUAGUCGAUCAGCAGGGGAGUCGAGGAGCCAUGAGUCAUCGAGAGACAAGGAAUGGGCUAGAGAUCGCGACCGUCGUGAUAGGUCUCGGGGCAACCGCGACGAGCGUAAAGAACGCCGCUACAGCCGCGAAGGAGGGAAUCACUAUGGAUCGCGCGGGCGACACCGCUAG